CUUCUCAAUUUGAUCAUGAUUCUCAUUGCUAACAAAGAAUUGAACUCAAAGAACUUAAAUCUUGCUAAGAAAAGGGGUUGGUGGACACCGAUGUUUAUGACUGCUGGUUUAACAUCUGCAAUACAGUUCCUAAAGCAUUUCUCUAGGCAGAACACUUUAACUAAAGCUCGAGGAACAUUUCACGUCACUAUGACCUUAGCAAUGAGCUUUUUGCUCUAUUCUUGGAUGAUACCAUGAGUUAUUCCACUGUGGCAUUCAAGUCAGACGAUGAGGAUCUGAAAACUGCACAGAUGGGGAAAAUAAAUAUUUUAAUUGAUAAGGCUAGAAUAGAAAAGAACCAUGAGGUUUUAGAGAUUGGAUGUGGAUGGGGAACUUUGGCCAUUGAAGUUGUGAAAAAAACUGGAUGUAAAUACACUGGUAUUACACUAUCUAUCGAACAGCUUAAAUAUGCAGAAGAAAAGGUUAAAGAAGCUGGACUUCAGGAUCGGAUUACAUUUGAGCUUUGCGAUUAUCGUCAACUAUCUGAUGCUAAAAAUAUGACAGAAUCAUAUCUUGUGAGAUGAUAGAACAUGUUGGCCACGAGUUUAUGGAUACAUUCUUCAGUCACUGUGAAGCUGCGCUUCCAGAAGACGGCAUCUUUGUCUUGCAG